AUGAUCAUUUUACGUAAAAAGCUGAAUGAAGGAACUGGAUUUCUCAUCAUGAUCAUUUUUAUUAUGCUGUGCUUUAACAGUUUGGCAACAUCCAACGACUGUGGAACUCCAAUAAUUUCUUAUAAAACGAACAAGCUUCACUUUCCCUGGAUUGCUGAAAUCUACAGUUCAAUAAAUAAAACAAAGGACGGGAACUUCCAACACUUAUGUGGAUCAUCUAUAAUAUCUUCAAGCUUCUCAAUCACAGCUGCACAUUGCAUCCAAGAGAAGCAUUCGACAUAUAGGAGAGCAAGUCAUGCGAUAUUUUUGAUAGCUAAUGUCCUGGAUCUUAAGGAUUUGAGUGACACUAUUAAUAUUAACAUAAAGGAAGUAAUCACACAUCCAGAUUGGAAUCCAGAAAUCAAGAAGUUUGAUGGUGACAUAGCAUUGCUAAAUUUUAAGGAACCGAUUACUUUUGAUAAUAAAAUUUCCCCAAUUUGUCUUUGGAACGGAACUGAUCAGAUCCAGUCAACCAAAACAGGAAUUAUAAUUACAUUCAUAGCACUAGAAGAAGAUGAUCCAGGAUACUACAAUUAUGAGCACAACCUACCAAAUAACUAUCCAAAAGAAUACAACAUGCCAAUAAGAAACAGCUGCAUAGAAACUCAAAAACGAUUUACUUCCAUUGCAUCAAACAACACUUUCUGUGCUGGUGGCUUCAAUUCAGGUCCGUGUCUUGAAACUGGAAGUUCUGGGAGCUCAAUAGCUGUGGAAUAUAAUCAGACAUACUAUUUGAGAGGAAUAGUCAGUGCUUCCUUUAUAGAUUUUGCUGGAUGUGAUAAUUACACAUUCACAUUAUUUACGGAUGUGCUGAAAUAUCAAGAUUGGAUCACUAAAAUCAUUAAUUAG